AUGAGCUUGGAUUUGAAUGUUAGUUGUGGAGAUUAUAGUGGUGAAGAUACCUCAAGUGCCGACACUAACACGACCUCAUUUGGCAACAAUAACGAUGGGUUCGAGGAUGAAGGAUCAGAGGAACACAGAUUUCGGACCAUGAGCGGCCCGAAUGAAAAUGAUAAUGGAGAUGGCGAUGAUGGUCCAACAGAUUCGAUUCGUUCAAAUAACAUUGAUGAUAGUCGCAAUUUGCCGGAAGAAAGUGAAUGUUCGGUACAAGUGUCAAAGAAAUUGGUGAAAAGUUUGAUAAAGUUGGGAUGUUGCAUUGAUACUUUGGAUGAGGUCCAUGUAUUGUAUCGUGAGUACGGACGGCUUAAGGGAUUCUCGGUGAGGAAAGGAAGUCAAUCAUAUUUCUUGCACACUAAGUUUGUUCGGGCCAAGUAUUAUCAUUGUUCGUGUGAGGGUUCUCCUGACAACAAAUGCUCGAAUGAUAAAGUGCCAGUAUGCAAAAGGCAGUCUUAUAGGUGCAACUGCAAUGUGAAGCUACGUGUUUGUAGAGAUGACGUUGAGUCGCCGUGGAAAGUGACAGUUUUCGAGACCCACCACAACCACGAAUUACUCCACCCAAGUGAGAGUUACCUUCUUCGUUCCGCUCGCAAUAUGUCGCAAUCGAAGAAGACGUUGCUCAUAGCUUUAACCUCUAGCGGUAUUGGUGUUAGUCGAGCAUAUCGUUUUCUUGAGAAUGAAGCGGGCAGUCGAGCAAACAUAGGUUUUCUGCGCAAGGAUGUGUAUAAUGAGCUCAGUAGUGAGCGGAGUAAAAUGUUGAAAGUUUGUAAUGCCGACGCAAACAAGUUGUUGGAGUAUCUCACGGACAAGGGUUCCAGUGACCCUUCUUUCUUUUGGAAGGUGAAGGUAGGGGAUGACGGGAGGCUGAAAAAUCUACUUUUCCGGGACACAAGGUGCCUUAUAGACUACCAACACUUUGGCGACGUUGUUUCCGUUGAUGCCACCUAUAAGACUAACAAGUACGAUUUGGUUUGUGUUCCCAUCAUAGGAAUUAACCAUCAUCGUACCAAUGUUAUGUUUGCAAUGGCUUUCUUGGCGAAUGAAAAAACGGAAUCAUACGAGUGGUUAUUUUCAACUUUUUUGGAGUCGAUGUAUGGUAAGGAGCCCGCAAUAAUUUUCUCGGACCAAGAUCAAGCUUUAAUGAAUGGUUUGGACAACACAUUUCAUGUAGCAGCCCAUAGGCUAUGUCAAUGGCACAUAAACAAGAAUGCCGGGAAGCAAUUUGGUAAGUUGAAUUACAAUAAAGCAUUCAAAAGCUUGUGGCAUCGGUGUAUGAACGGAUGUGAAAAUGUUGAAGAGUUCGAUGCAACCUGGCAUUACAUGAUGGAUGAUUUCAAUCUAAAGGAAAAUAGAUGGUUCAAAACCAUGUAUAACCUGAGAGAGCGUUGGUCAACCGCUUUUAGUGUAGAAAAAUUUUCCGGUGGGUUGCAUGCUACAUCUAGAAGUGAAGUUACAAACAAAGUCAUCAAGGAAUUGUGUUCGAGCACCUCUAGUGUGUAUGAUUUCAUAAUUGGUUUUGAGAAGAUGCAGAAAAAUUGGCGAACUAGGGAGUUUGAGGAGGACGCUUUAUGCCGAGGCAUGCCGGGAAUGUUUGUCGAACGCAGCGGUAUUAUGUUGCAGCUUGGUGAGCUAUUGACUCGAAAUGUUUUCAAGAUUUUUGAGGCGGAAGUGUUGAACUCGAUAACUUUGAAAAUGGUUGAACAACCUCCUGAUCUUAAUGUGGAACAUUCUAUGUUCAAGGUAAUGUCUUCAAAGGCAAUGAAGGGUUAUCGUGUUGUCACGGUAAAUCAUCUCACGAGAAGAGAUGAUGAGGAAGAGUUCCCAGGUAGUAACUUUGGGGUACUUGAUUCCGAAACGGUAAAUGCUGUUGCGUCGCCUGAUCGUUUCUCCAUGGAAUAG